AUGCCCCGCCUCGUCCGCCGCCGUCCACUGGCGGAGCGAAUUGGAUCCUAUUUGAACCCUUGGGACUUUCUACUCUGGGUGUCUGAGGAGAUCGAAGGAAAUGACUGGGAUCAACUGGAAAAGGACUGGGGGUUGGCUAUUGGGAUUGCGCUGAAUGCGAUUUUUCUCAUCGCGCGAGCAAACAGUCAGUCGAGUGGGAGCAGAGCCAUCGACGACGUGUUUGGGGAGGAAAGUGGCGUGCCCUGGGGUAGCUGGCUGGUAUCGAUUACCACGUCAUGUCUAACUUUGACUUCGUGCGCCAAUGCUACCUACACCUUUUACAAAACGAGAUCAUAUCGCCUGUUUGAAGCAGCCAUAGACAAGACACCUGCGACACCAUCUGCUCAACGAGUGCGAGUUGAUUCGAGCCCCAUGAUUGCGUCGCCGAUACGAUAUCUCGCCAAUGCGCUUUCCACCGAGCCAGCAGAGUCCAGGGCGCAUCCGGACGCGCACCGUGAUGUGUGGCAGCUUUCGGUUUGGGAUCCCUUGCCGAUCUGUUUACGGUUGUUCUGCAUGUUUAGCCCGGGACAUGUCAUCAUUUAUUGGCUUUUGCUGCCGACGCAGCUGUCUGAUCCCCGCCCCAGCGUGACGAUAGUAUUGACUAUCCUCUUUGCAUCGGUGCUUUCUGUGCAGCUGUCGUUCCUUUCAUCAUUCCACAAGCAGCAAGCGAAGGAUUUGACCUUGGUGCACAAGGAGGUUUUGAAGGAAUAUGACACCAAAUUUGUGCAUCCACGAACCCAGCCCCUGAUGCGCGACGUGGGCACCCAAUUCACUGAUACGAGUGCUGGAAGUUCCGACACCAAAUACAACAAGGUCGACGUGUAUACCCCGGCCUUCAAUAUCCAAGGGGGAUUUAAAACCAGUCCGAAUCCGAACUAUUUGAGCCAUGUCGACCCCGAAGGACUUUCCCCCAGGCGCCUGGCCACCACCUCCUCUACCCCCAGCUCUACCAUCUUCCAGGCGCAGCCAUCGUUGAACACACCACAAUUUUCGCGAGACGCUUCUCCCCUGGUGCGAACCUCGGGCAACGCAAUGCGACAGCCGCAGUUCCGGCCAUCAGCCAGCACUAGCACGGGCGACGGAGGCAGCCUGGGGGUCUACUCCCAUGCCAAUUCCCCUCUGCGCAAGUCAGCAUCGACUGCGUUUGACCGCCGACUGCAAAGCAACGGUGAUUUCUUUUACAAGGAGCGCGGCACGAGUCCGCUGAAGAAGCCUUCGAGUCCGCUCAAGCGUACCAGCGUGCCGGGACCUGCAAGUCCCGCGGUUGGCGUGCAUAGAACAGGAGGUAGUUUGGGUACCCGGCGAGAAACGGGCCGCUUUUGA